GGUGAUCCCAGUGGAGGGGGCCGUUCGCCAGCUCCGAGGCAGAAAGUGCCACGACUCCACACGCGCGCACGCAGCCAGCGAGCGGCCGGAGCGGACGGCGGACGGGGCGGACGGCGUCGGGGUCGCGGCGCCUGCAGCUGCUCGGGGGCGGCUUCUCGGCGGAGGCUCGGCCGGCUCCUCUCUCCCGGUUCCGCGGCGGCGGCGACUCCUGCCCUUUCGCUCUCCCUCCCGCGUCUCCGGCUGCAGGUGAAAGGAAAGCAAGCCAGGAUGGAUAUUUACGACACUCAGACCUUGGGGGUUGUGGUCUUCGGUGGAUUCAUGGUCGUUUCUGCCAUCGGCAUCUUCCUUGUGUCAACCUUCUCCAUGAAGGAGACGUCCUAUGAAGAGGCCCUGGCUAACCAGCGCAAGGAGAUGGCGAAAACUCACCACCAGAAAGUGGAGAAGAAAAAGAAGGAGAAAACAGUGGAGAAGAAAGGAAAGACCAAAAAAAAGGAAGAGAAACCUAACGGGAAGAUACCUUACCAUGAGCCAGCCCCCAACAUGACCAUCCUUCUCAAAGACCCAGUGCGGGCACCUGCAGUGGCCGUGGCUCCAACCGCAGUCCAGCCCCCCGUGGUCAUUGCCCCCGUAGCCACGGUACCAGCCAUGCCCCAAGAGAAGCUUGCCUCCUCCCCUAAGGACAAAAAGAAAAAGGAGAAAAAAGUGGCAAAGGUGGAACCAGCAGUCAGUUCUGUAGUGAAUUCUAUUCAAGUUCUUGCUUCCAAGGCUGCCAUCUUAGAAACUGCUCCCAAGGAGGUGCCUAUGGUGGUUGUGCCCCCAGUGGGUGCCAAGGCCAGUACCCCAGCCACCGGCCCUGCACAGGGCAAAAAGUCAGAGGGAGCCCAGAACCAGAGCAAAAAGGCAGAAGGAACCCCCAACCAGGGCAAAAAGGCAGAGGGGGCUCCCAACCAGGGCAAAAAGGCAGAGGGAGCCCAGAAUCAGGGCAAAAAGGUAGAAGUGGCCCCGAACCAGGGCAAAAAGGCAGAGGGGGCCCAGAAUCAGGGCAAAAAGGCAGAAGGAACCCCAAACCAGGGCAAAAAGGUAGAGGCGGCCCCCAACCAAGGCAAAAAGACAGACGGGGCCCCCAACCAGGGCAAAAAGGCAGAGGGAGCUCCCAACCAGGGCAAAAAAGUAGAGGGGCCCCAGAAUCAGGGCAAAAAGGCAGAAGGGGCACAGAAUCAGGGCAAAAAGGCAGAGGGGGCCUCCAACCAGGGCAAAAAAGAGGAGGGGACCCCAAACCAGGGUAGAAAGGCAGAGGGGAGCCCUAAUCAGGGCAAAAAGGUGGAAGUGGUUCAGAACCAGAGCAAAAAGGCAGAGGGAACCCCCAACCAGGGCAAAAAGGCAGAAGGGGCCCAGAACCAGGGCAAAAAGGCAGAGGGGGCCCAGAACCAGGGUAAAAAGGCAGAGGGGACCCAGAACCAGGGCAAAAAGGCAGAGGGGGCUCCCAGCCAGGGAAAAAAGGAGGGAACCCCAAACCAGGGCAAAAAGGCAGAGGGGACCCCCAACCAGGGUAAAAAGGCAGAAGGGGCCCCCAACCAGGGAAAAAAGGAGGGAACCCCAAACCAGGGCAAAAAGGCAGAGGGAACCCCCAACCAGGGCAAAAAGGCAGAGGGGACCCCCAACCAGGGCAAAAAGACAGAGGGGGCCCAGAAUCAAGGCAAAAAGGCAGAGGGGAGCCAGAAUCAGGGCAAAAAGGCAGAGGGGACCCAGAAUCAGGGCAAAAAAGCCGAGGGGGCCCAGAAUCAGGGCAAAAAGGCAGAUUCGGUCGCUAAUCAGGGCACAAAGGCAGAGGGUGUUGCAAGCCAGGGUAAAAAAGCAGAGGGGGCCCCCAAUCAAGGCAAAAAGGCAGAGGGAACCCCGAACCAGGGCAAAAAGUCAGAAGGGUCCCCCAACCAGGGCAAAAAGGUGGAUGCAUCUGCCAAUCAGGGUAAAAGGGCAGAGUCAGCUCCUAUCCAAGGCAAAAAUGCAGAAAUGGUCCAGAGCCAAGAAGCACCAAAGCAAGAGGCUCCUGCAAAGAAGAAGUCUGGUUCAAAGAAGAAAGGUGAGCCUGGGCCCCCGGACUCCGACAGCCCUCUCUACCUCCCCUACAAGACGCUGGUCUCCACGGUUGGAAGCAUGGUGUUCAACGAGGGGGAGGCCCAGCGGCUCAUCGAGAUCCUGUCCGAGAAAGCUGGCGUCAUUCAGGACACCUGGCAUAAGGCCACUCAGAAGGGCGACCCCGUGGCAAUUCUGAAGCGCCAGCUGGAAGAGAAGGAAAAGCUGCUGGCCACAGAGCAGGAGGACGCGGCUGUCGCCAAGAGCAAACUGAGGGAGCUCAACAAGGAGCUGGCCGCGGAGAAGGCUAAGGCAGCAGCCGGGGAGGCCAAGGUGAAGAAGCAGCUCGUGGCCCGGGAACAGGAGAUCACAGCCGUGCAGGCGCGCAUGCAGGCCAGCUACCGGGAGCACGUGAAGGAGGUGCAGCAGCUGCAGGGCAAGAUCCGGACUCUUCAGGAGCAGCUGGAGAAUGGCCCCAACACGCAGCUGGCCCGACUGCAGCAGGAGAACUCCAUCCUGAGGGAUGCCUUGAACCAGGCCACGAGCCAGGUGGAGAGCAAGCAGAACGCCGAGUUGGCCAAGCUCCGGCAGGAGCUCAGCAAGGUCAGCAAGGAGCUGGUGGAGAAGUCGGAGGCUGCACGGCAGGAGGAGCAGCAGCGAAAGGCUCUGGAGACCAAGACGGCCGCCUUCGAGAAGCAGGUCCUGCAGCUGCAGGCGUCCCACAAGGAGAGUGCGGAGGCCCUGCAGAAGCGCCUGGACGAGGUCAGCCGGGAACUGUGCCGCUCCCAGACAAGCCAUGCCGGCCUGCGGGCGGACGCCGAGAAGGCCCGGGAGCAGGAGCAGCGGACGGCCGAGCUGCACAGCAAACUGCAGUCCUCCGAGGCGGAGGUGAAGAGCAAGUGCGAGGAGCUGACCGGUCUCCAUGGGCAGCUCAAAGAGGCAAGGGCCGAGAACUCGCAGCUCACGGAGAGAAUCCGGUCCAUUGAGGCCCUGUUGGAGGCGGGCCAGGCCCGGGACACCCAGGCCGCCCAGGCCAGCCAGGCGGAGCAGCAGGCCCGCCUCAAGGAGCUGGAGUCCCAGGUGCGGUGCCUGGAGGAGGAGGCCACUGAGCUCAAGGAGGCCGUCGAGCAGCAGAAAGGGAAGAACAACGACCUCCGAGAGAAGAACUGGAAGGCCAUGGAGGCCCUGGCCUCGGCCGAGAGGGCCUGCGAAGAGAAGCUACGCUCCUUGACCCAGGCCAAGGAGGAAUCAGAGAAGCAGCUUAGCCUGAUGGAGGCACAGACCAAGGAGGUCCUGUCGGCUCUGCUGCCGGCGCUCUCCAGCUCAGCGCCCCAGAGUUACACCGAGUGGCUGCAGGAGCUCCAAGAGAAGGGCCCCGAGCUGCUGAAGCAGCCGCCGGCUAGUGCAGAGCCCUCGUCGGACCUGGCCUCCAAGCUGAGGGAGGCUGAGGAGACCCAGAGCAAUCUGCAGGUCGAGUGUGACCAGUACCGCACCAUCCUGGCAGAGACGAAUCAGAGCAGCCAUCCCAGAGGAGCCAGGGGACAGGAGGCCGCAGCCGUGUUCAUGGGGGGCAGGGUCUCCAGGGAGGGGGCCGGCCUCAGUGUCCCAUCCCCCCAGGAGGGCAUGCUCAAGGACCUGCAGAAGAGCGUGGAGGAGGAGGAGCAGGUGUGGAAGGCCAAAGUGAGCGCCACGGAGGAGGAGCUCCAGAAGUCACGGGUCACAGUGAAACAUCUCGAAGGCAUUGUAGAGAAGCUAAAAGGAGAACUUGAAAGUUCAGAGCAGGUGAGGGAGCACACCUCACAUCUGGAGGCAGAGCUGGAGAAGCACAUGGUGGCCGCCAGCGCCGAGUGCCAGAACUACGCCAAGGAGGUGGCGGGGUUGAGGCAACUUUUAUUAGAAUCUCAAUCUCAGCUGGAUGCAGCCAAGAGUGAAGCCCAGAAACAAAGUGAUGAGCUCGCCCUGGUCAGGCAGCAGUUGAGUGAGAUGAAGAGCCACGUAGAGGAUGGUGACGUAGCUGGGUCCCCAGCUGCCCCCCCAGCAGAGCAGGACCCCGUCGAGGUUAGGGCGCUGAAGACGCAGCUGGAGCGCACGGAAGCCAAUCUGGAGGGCGAGCAGGCGCUGCGGCAGAAGCUCACGGCCGAGUUUGAGGAGGCUCAGAGCUCGGCAUGUCGGCUCCAGGCAGAGCUGGAGAAGCUCCGCAGCAUGGGGUCCCUCGAGUCUUCAGAAGCAGAGGAGGUCUCGCAGCUGAAGGAGAGACUGGAAAAAGAGAAGAAAUUAACCAGUGACCUGGGACGCGCUGCCACCAAAUUGCAGGAGCUUCUGAAGACAACCCAGGAGCAGCUGGUGAAGGAGAGCAAGACGGUGAAGGAGCUGCAGGGGCAGCUGGACAAAACCGAGGAUGGUAGCAGCUCAAAGGAGGGCACAUCUGUCUGAGUCUCCUCUUCAGGACAAGAAGUUACUGUUCAACUUACCAAAAUGCCUUACACAUUCCUUACAAAUAAAUCAACCAACCAACCAACACAGCGUUAUCGAGGCCCAACCUCCAGUAGCUCUGAGAGAAGCCAUUAGAGACAAGAGUCUCUUAGAAUCACAGAAAUAGAUCUUCCAGACCCCCUGUUUGUAAAAGAGCCUUUGUCACAUUUGAUAAACACUAUUCCCCAGGACCAGCCCUGGACCACCACCGAGCAGACGCCAAAGCCCUUAUCAGCUCUGUGACAGACCCCAGGGGAUGUGCUGGGGAGGCCGGGACCUCUGGGUAUCUGUAUGUCAAUCAGUGCAAUUGUUUUCUUUCCCUGGGUUGGGGGGUCAGGAGGCGGGCGGCCCCGGGGGAGAGUCUCAAAGGCUGUGGAGCAGACUGGAGGGUCACAGUCCAGCCCAGCGAGGCAGCAGCCCCUCACCCCCGGGAGAAGCUGCCAGCAAGAACGGAUGUGUGACCUCCUGGACGUUCAUGCCAUUAAAACCAACACUGUCGCCCGGC